UUAUUUUUUUAUUUAUUUUUUAUUUUUCGGCUUUGUGUUGUGUGGGGUAUUUUGGCGCGCUUUUUCUUUGUGUGUGAAACAACAGCGGCUGGUGUUGCAGUGGCUGACGUUUAUGCGUCGCUACCGCUGACAUCCCUGCUGGUUGUGCAGAAGGGCAUUUUUGUAAACCAACAACGGCUAGUGUUGCAGUGGCUGACGUUCAUGCGUCGCUACCGCUGACAUUCCCGUUAGUUGUGCGGAAGGGUAUUUUUGUUGUUAUACAACAGUGGCUGGUGUUGCACUGGCUGACGUUCUGCGUCGCUACAGCUGACAUCCCCGCUGGUUGUGCGGAAGGAUAAUUUUGUUAUACAACAGUGGCUGGUGUUGCAGUGGCUGACGUUCUGCGUCGCUAUUGCUGACAUCUCUGACGGUCGGGAAUAGAAUAAUUUGUAGACCAAAAAUAAAUAAAUAGAUAAAAAUAAAUUGGCAGUCAUUUUAUUUCGUUCUUCGUCGAGUUCGCCUUCUGGAUAUCGUUUUCUUCAACUGAAAAGUGGAUUACAUCUUCUCGUGGAUUUCGUCAACUAUUGCUGCAUUCUGGAAUUGAAUUACCUGAUAUUCUUGCCUUGGAUUGAAAUUUGAAUCUCGUGGCCGUAACUGUACAGUCUACUUAAUUCUCCAUGCUCUACUCACUCUGAACUCUUGUUUUGUCAGUGCAUUGAUGCUCUAAGUUAGAGUGUUGCAGGCUUGCAGCAUCAUAGUUACAAAAACAACUUGGUCGUCAACGUCAUACGUCAACAUCAAUUUAUUCAAGGUAAAUUUGAUAAUGAAAAGGGUUAAUACUGCUAGCAGCACAUCUCAGGCUCACAUAAGGAGAAUGCGUCGGGAGGCAUAUCAAAACGUGGAGGUUGCUAAUUUGUCUCAGUUUCAAGUAGAACGUGACAUCAACAGUAUUUGUGAACCAGUAUUUCAAGACUACACUAAAAGAAGUUUGGAAUUUUUAAAAAUCCAAUUUCGAGAAAUGACUGCAAAAAUCGACGAUCUUUUGGACUCGAGACCGAAACCGUGUAUUUGUACAAUACAAAGAAUCGAAGAAAAUGAACAGCAAUUCCUUUUGCAUUUGGAUUCGUUCGAUGCUAUUGAACAUCUUGAAAAUUCAAUGAAGGACCAACAAUCUCGACAACAAAUGAUCCUUUUGCUGCUCCGUAUCGGUGGAAUAAAUCUCCAGAAAACGGUUUAUGCAAUAAUGGAAAAGUUAUUCUCAUACGAAAUUGGAACUAAGUUCACUUGGACGGGAAAAUCCUCAAAAGGAAUCGAGAAAGCUAAAUUUUCUGAUCUGAAGAAUAUCUAUGCUGCAAUCUCUGGUGCCGUCCUCGGUAACAAAGACCUUGCUGGUGAUGAGAAAACUACAGUUAAAGUGCAGUAUCAAGUAACCGAGUGGCUUCGUCACUGUCAGCAGAAUUUGAAAAGUCAAAUGUAGUUGAUGAAUAAAUAAAACAUUUGAAAAAUG